GGACCGGCUGGAGUCUUAUCUCGUGCGCCCAACCACCCCAUUCUUAUCCAGCGUCCACUCUCCAGAUCUCCAGUUCCGUUCAUCGCCGGCUUCCGGCCGUCGCUGCCGGUCUCUCCACUGAGUGCUGCUGUCCGUGGAGGAGGAUUAGGAAGACGGCCAUGGAGGCACUGCAAUCGAUUCUCUCGGUCGGGUCCAACUUGUUCGAAGAGAUCCAACUGAGCAACGAGCUGCAGCGCCUCCGAGACACCUUGCCCAAGGCUCGCGUGCUCAUCUGUCGCAGCGAGUGGGGCAUGUUCAAGGACAAGGAGCUGGCGAAGCUUGUCUCGCGUCUCAAGGACACCACGUACGAUGCAGAGGAUCUUCUCCGCGAGCUGGAUGACCAGGUGUUGCGGAAAAGAAUAGAGGACGCUGACCGGAGCAGAGCAGGUCAACUCUUAUCUUCCUCUCUUAAUCUUGCAAUAACUUUGUUCCGCCGUAGCAAAACAAGGAUAAGGGAGACACAAGAUAGGCUUGAAAAGGUUGUGGCUGAGAUCGAGGGGAUGCUCAAUCUUAUGGGUCUUAUGAGUGUUGAGCCAUCGCAGAUCAUGCCGGAGACAAGUUCGGUCAUCAGCGCUCCGGAAGUUGUUGGUCGUGAUGGUGAACGAGACGCUUUGAUCGAGAUGCUUGGUGUGAUGAUUGGGCGUGAGGUCCCACGGGAUCAGGUGAUCAAACUAUUGGGAGUGCCACUCACUGGGAACAGAGGUGGUACUGGUAGAACUGCAGGGUCUAAUGGGAAGAGAGCAGCAGCAAGCAAUGGUAAUGCAUCUACAUCCAGAGCCAAGAAACCAAAAGGAAACGGUGGCAGGGCUGGACUUGCUGAAACUAACUUCACCAACAAUGUUUCUGUCAUCUCCAUUGUCGGCAUUGGCGGGGUGGGGAAGACUACCCUGGCUCAGUUCAUCUACAAUGACCCCAGGGUGAGACGCCACUUUGGUGACAGGAUGAUAUGGGUAUGUGUCUCAGACUUGUUUGACAAGAUAAGGAUAACAAAGGAGAUCAUUGUAUCCAUCCCUGGUGAGGAAUAAAACUCAUCGAGCAGUCUAAAUGCUCUUCAAAUUGAAUUGAUGAAGCGGCUGAAGACGUGCUCAAAAUUCCUUUUGGUGUUGGAUGACAUUUGGCCGAACGCUAAUGCUGAUUGGGAGGCGUUUUAUGCACCAUUGAAGUAUGGUCCUGAAGGCAGCAUGAUCUUAGUGACUACAAGAUCUCCAGUGGUUGCUACUCGUGUCACCACAGGCAACUGUAAGCCUAUCCAACUUGAAGGAUUGCCUACUGAUAUAUUUUGGGACUUCUUCAAAAAGUGUGCAUUUGGUAGAAAUGACCCAGAGUCAUAUUCUCAAUUGCAAGAUAUUGCUCGGAGCAUUUCUACUAGGUUGUGUGGGUCGCCUUUGGCAGCAAAAACACUGGGACGCUUGUUGAAUAUGAGCCUGACAGAACAACACUGGAGGGCUAUCCAGAAGAGUGAACUGUGGGAGCUACCGCAUGAAAAGAAUGAGAUAUUACCAGCCCUUCAACUGAGCUAUUUGUAUCUCCCAGAAGCGGUUAAGAGAUGUUUUGUAUUUUGCUCCAUGUUUCCAAAAGAUUAUAGCUUUGAAAGAGAUGAGAUAGUUGACAUUUGGGUGGCACAGGGCUUUGUGGCGCUAGGGGGAAGCAUACGUCCUGAAGAUGUGGGGAUCACUUACUUGGAUGAAUUGAGGAACAGAUUUCUUUUCCAAACUGAUCCGAUGUUCCCGAAUAAAACAAGAUACGUAAUGCACAAUCUGAUCCAUGAUACGGCAGCGUCCUUUUCUAUGGAUGAAUGUUUGGUGAUGCAUGAUUUAAGAAACCAGAACAAGAGCAGAAUGCAUAACACAGUUCGUCACAUGUCAAUCGAGGUGGAUGGUGAAUCCUUGACCAGAAUGGGAGACAUUCAACAUUUGAAUAAAUUGCACUCACUUAGGUUUGGAAUCAGAUUUAAUGUUGAAAUAACCUGGUUUAAUCAACUUUCCAACAUUCUAUUUUUGAGCCUAAAAGGUUGCAAGCUGGUAAAGCUACCCGAUAGCAUAUGUGAGUUGAAUA